AGAGAGACUGCUGCUGCUGCUGCUGCUGCCUGCGGGACUAGCUACAGUACAGUAAGAGGAGAAGAAAGUGUGGUUAUUGCACGGAAAAACGCAUGAAACCGCAGGCAUGUGUGCGUUAAGGCUUGCAGUCAGCCGAACGCUCUGCAGGGUGUCUAAACCUGUCUUGAGAAUGACCAUCCACAAUGGGCCAGCGAUAGCAGCCAGAGACUGCUCUCAGGCAGGAAAUAAGAGGAACACACUGAGAUGGGACUUGUCUCCAGAUGAGAUCAGGACCAUGACAGACAGCUUGAUUAACAGAAUAAAGAAAGUCUAUGAUGACAUUGGAUCUCUAAACAUAGAAAACAUCUCAGUUGAAAACACAUUGAAAGCCUUGGCUAAUGCCAAACUGGAAUAUGCAUCAUCACGCCAUGUUCUUGAUUUCCCCCAGUAUGUUUGUCCUUCGAAGGAGGUUCGGUCAGCCAGCACAGAGGCAGACAAAAAACUGUCUGAGUUUGAUGUGGAGAUAAGUAUGAGAGAAGAUGUGUUCAAGCGGAUUACUGUCUUGCAGAAAAAGCUCCAAGACAACCUUUCACCUGAAGAAAAAAGAUUCUUAGACAGACUUGUGACAUUAGGCAAGCGGAGAGGAUUGCAUCUGUCUAAAGAUAUACAAGAGGAAAUAAAAAGGACUUCCAAACUUAUUAGUGAACUGUCCAUAGAGUUUAACAAGAAUCUGAAUGAGGACAAUACAUUUCUUGUUUUUUCUGGGCAUGAAUUGGGUGGGCUGUCUGACAGUUAUCUCAAAGGACUGGACAAGACAGAAAAUGGGCGGUAUAAAGUGACACUUGAAUAUCCUCAUUACUACCCCCUGAUGAAGAGGUGUCACAACCCUGAGACCAGGAGGAAGAUGGAAACAGCUUUUCACAGCAGGUGUAAAGAGGUAAACACAGCGAUUCUUGAACAGUUGAUACAGCUGAGGGCAAAGGUCGCAGACUUACUUGGUUACAGCAGCCAUGCAAACUAUGUUCUGGAAAUGAACAUGGCCAAGAAUGCGAGCAAUGUGUCUGACUUUCUAGAUAAAUUCUAUGAAACGCUGAAGCCCAUCGGAAUCAAGGAGAGGAAAUAUAUUCUUGCGCUAAAAAAGAGGGAGUGCUUGAUGAAGGGCUACCAGUUUGAUGGACAGAUCAAUGCCUGGGACUUGCCCUACUACAUGAAUCAAGUGGAGCAGUGCAAGUUUGCUGUGAACAAGGACAAACUGAUUGAGUAUUUCCCACUUGAUGUGGUGACAGGAGGACUGUUUGGUAUUUACCAGGAGCUGCUGGGUCUCACGUUCACGGAGGUGGAACAUGCUCAUGUGUGGCAUGAAAAUGUCAAGCUCUAUUCAGCUCACGACACUGAAACAGGAGAGGAGAUUGGCCAGUUCUAUCUAGACUUGCAUCCAAGGGAAGGAAAGUAUGGCCAUGCAGCCUGCUUUGGGCUCCAGCCUGGCUGCAAAGGGCCUGAUGGAAAACGCAGGCUUCCAGUGGCAGCUAUGGUGGCCAACUUUACCAAACCUAGAGAAGGCUGGCCCUCUCUCCUCCAGCACCAUGAAGUGGAGACUUAUUUCCAUGAGUUUGGACAUGUAAUGCAUGAGCUUUGCUCUAAGACCAUGUUUGCAGAAUUCAGUGGAACUCAGGUGGAGACAGACUUUGUGGAGGUGCCCUCACAGAUGCUUGAGAACUGGGUUUGGGAGAAGGAGCCUCUGAGAAGAAUGUCUCGCCACUACAAAGAUGGCAGUCCAAUCCCAGACAAUCUGCUUGACAAACUGAUCGCCUCCAGAGUAGCCAACACUGGUCUGAUGAACCUGCGUCAGGUGGUCCUCAGUAAAGUGGACCAGUCACUACACACCAGCCUUUGUGCAGAUACAGCUGAGGUGUUUGCAAAGCACUGCCAGGACAUCCUGGGUGUUCCUGCUACACCAGGCACCAAUAUGACUGCCAGCUUCAGUCACUUGGCUGGAGGAUAUGAUGGUCAGUACUACAGCUAUCUGUGGAGUGAAGUCUACUCCAUGGACAUUUUCUUCAGUCGCUUUAAAAAGGAAGGCAUUAUGAAUCGAAAGGUCGGAGAAGAGUACAGAAGAGAGAUUUUGGAAGCUGGUGGCUCUGUGGAUGGAAUGGACAUGCUGGAAAACUUCCUUGGACGUGCACCGCGCCAGGAUGCCUUCUUUCAAUGCAAGGGACUGAUGAAGUCACAGGAAACACAAAUAUCUUAAUUUGAUAUAGCCUUUAAGAAUCUUUUCAUCAAAACAGGGUAUAUUUCUGAUUGUCUAGAUACAGGUCCAUGUCAGUAAAAAAAGUAGCUUUGCAUUAAGUAUAUUAAAACAGUGUUAAGAGUUUUGUACUUGAUGUCUCUGGUUGCAACUUGACCAGUGUGAGGAUUUGCUGCUAUAACUGUAAUAGAGUAUUUUUAGGUUUUGAAUUGUUGGUAGGACAAGACAUUUAAAGAUGUGACCUCAGACCCUGGGACGUUGUGACAGCUUUUUCUGUCAUUGUGUUCAUUGUAUUCAUCAAUCAAUCCAUUAUUAAUUUAUCAACCAAAAAUGAUCAAUAAAUUCACUGAUAAUGACCAA